AUGAAGAUUCUCCACCUCUUGUCCACGGCAAUCCUCGCCAGGUCUGCUCCAACAGUUCCGGCUUUCGGCAUGACGGCCGAUACUCGUGACUCCGUCAGCACCGCCACUGCCUUACUCGAUAAGCGACAGGGCGCCUGCGGUACCUGGACCACCAGUACUGGUGUGGUAGGCGACGGAAAUCCGUGGCAGGCUCAUCUGCACAUCCAGGUCAGCCUGACACCGGCUUCCGUGUCCAUCACUGUCGGCUCUGCCACCUCGGGCAGCGUUUCUAGCUGGAUCAGCGGUGGCUUCGCAGUGGAGAUGUCCAUCGAAACCGGAAAGACGCGCGCUUGCGACGGCGGCCCAGGUAAGACUGUAUUCACCUGGAAGGCCGUCAGGCGUACGGCAUACAAGGUCCAAGACUACAGAUUCAACCAGCGCAACGCGGGCGAGCCAGCGAGGAAUGUCCACGAGAAGAUUUCGCCCAACAGGAACGGCGUGGGCGGCGACUUUUAUUGUGGUCGCGGCGAUGCGUGCCGGAACCGUGGUGACCAGUAUGUAUGA